AUGACCCUUCCGCUGCUGGUUUCGCUCGUCGGACUCACCGCAUGUUGCCUCGUUAUUUCUAUAAACUUCCUCACUUUCACUCGAACCAACCGAUUGACAAUCAAGAAACGAAUCGAUCUGGUCCUCAUUUUUGCCCGAUGCAUUCUGGAUAUCUUUGUUGGAAUCGCAGGUCAGCCUUUUCAUUAGGUAUUGUGAUUCAAGUCGAAGCUCUUCAGUGAUCAUCUACAUAACUGUCAUUGUUCUGAAAACUUUGGACCCGAACAAAGUGACUUCUGCGACCACGUACUUUGUCGUUUUUUCCUCUCUUCCAACAGUCUUCCUAUGGCCAACACGACUCGUUUUGUCCAUUUGCAUAGCUGUGUGGAGAAUCAUUGUAAGACCUAGGUGUAAAAAUAAAAACUGAAAGAACAAUAUCGAAUUUCAGUCUCUUAUUCUUCCAAAAGUGGCUGAAUCCCUAAACUUCAAACUUGUGUGCUCUUCGGUUAUCUCAAUUUCAGUGCUGUUUGGUAUGGUAAAUGCUUAUGAUCUUCGUCCAAUCAAUCCUAUCAAAAAUAGGCCUGGCCGACGUGUUCGCCCUGCUCCUCGCAUGCCCCCUUCAAUUCACCGCCCACAUUGGCUGCAUGUCGCUCGGAUGCAUGGCCGGUCCCUGCUUCGUCACCUACUCCACCUACAAUCGAACCGUCUCGAUCCCUUUCGAUCCCAAUUUCAUUAUUCUCUCUUCCAGGUUCUCUUCUCCAUCACAUUUGCUUCCGCUUUCGUCUACGCCGUGCUCAUCUGCUUCUGCGAGACAAAAGAAAGUCGCGAGAAGCGGAUUGUCGACGUCCGUUUCCCACGCUCUCUUCAUCCGAAUGAGUCAGAAUGUUUCAGACGGACUACUGGUUCCUUCUGUCCAUGUUCAUCUCGUGUCUCUUCGAUUGCAUCCCUUUCGCCGUCGCAAUUCUCGGACUCAAAACAGACUUCGGAUAUAAUGUACGCACCCACAAAUUCCCGGAAAAAGUUGAGCCAUUUCAGAACUUUGGUCCGUUUAUCAAGACUCUCAACGUGGCCGGCGCGUGUUUCGACGCAGUUGUUGUGUCGAAAAUAUUUGAAACGCAUCAGUUUUUCUGA